AAAUCUGUCUAGAAACCGCGAGAAUAUAUAAUAUAGAUAAAUGAUAAAGAGCAGGAUGGGUAAUAGCUGGUGUCUGAUGGGUCAGCUACAUGUUGAAAGCUGAAGGAAGGGUAUGAAGUGAAUCGUAAGUCGGCCAUACUCAAACAAUCGCCGAACGACGAACGGUCAUCAGCUAGAGCGAAUCCUCGAGGAAAAGUAAAGAGCGUGUGCGGCACCGAGACAUCAUACACAUAUAACACAUUCAAAUAUAUAUAAAUAUAUACAUACAGAUAUAUAUAAAACAUUAUCAUUAUAAUUAUAAUAUUGCAUUACAUGAACACGGAGUGCGGAGACACGGGUCUAUGGAACCAGGGUAUGAAAUGAUAGAUUUAAUUUUUAAAAAAGUAAAAUAAAAAUAAAACCCGCGAAAGUGGUAACUGAAGCAACGAAUUAAAAGUUUAAUAAUUAUUUUAUUUAAAAUUACUGGUGUGUAGGAAUAGAUGCGCUCAAUAAAUUCAACUAUAAACAUUUUGUUGUUGUACUGUGAUAAGUCUGGUGAACUAUUGCGCAAGUUGUCGUGGUUGCCAUUGGAACAACGGUGGUGAUAUAUAUUUAAUCAUCAUCCAUUAACGAGAUUCAUAAAAUAAUAAUUACGUGUCUAUUAUUAUUAUUAUUGUUAUUGAAUAAUUAUUUAAAUAAAUCGAGGAUAACGGUUGAGUAAAGUGGCAGCGGGAUGAGCACCAAGGCGUCUGUUAAUAGACGAGUACUGGCGAUUCAGGCUAAAAAAAAAAGAUACAAGCCAACUAAACGAAAGGGUGCUAAGGGUGGUAAUUCACAAGCUGACACUGAUAAUUCAUCGGGAGCACAUUGUUCCAAGACAUCAUCAGCUACUGCUGCUCGACAGGGAAAUCAGGAUGGCAAUGGCCAGAGGCCUUUUACUGAUAAUGGAAAUCGGUUAGAACCAAGUCAUAGUUCAAGUAAUGAAACAAUUGAAGAUGAUGGGGAUGACCUUUAUAGCAGCGAAGAAGAAGAAGAACAGGAAGACAGCAGUGAUUACUGUCAUGGUGGUUAUCAUCCAGUUAAAAUAGGAGAUCUUUUUUUAAAUCGUUAUCACGUUACGCGGAAACUUGGCUGGGGACAUUUUUCAACUGUCUGGCUCUGUUGGGAUUUACAAGAUAAAAGAUUUGUUGCACUGAAAGUUGUCAAAUCAGCGUCACAUUUUACCGAAACAGCAUUAGAUGAAAUAAAACUACUGAAGGAUGUACGCGAUACGGAUCCGAAUGAUCCGAAGCGUAAUAAAACAGUACAACUGCUUACGGAUUUUAAAAUCAGUGGCAUUAAUGGGUUGCAUGUUUGUAUGGUCUUCGAAGUGUUGGGACACAACCUUCUUAAGUUAAUUAUUAAAUCAAAUUAUCGCGGGAUCCCGCGUAAUAAUGUCAGGCGCAUAAUCAGGCAGGUCCUUGAAGGUCUUGAUUAUUUACACAAUAAAUGUAAAAUAAUCCACACUGACAUUAAACCCGAGAAUGUAUUGAUAUGUGUUGAUGAAACUUAUAUAAGAAAAUUGGCAUUCGUAGCAACGGAAUUACACUCUCUAGGUUUAAAAUUGCCAGUAUCCUUGGUGUCAACAGCACCAAAAAAAUUUCAAGAGCCGACGGUUAAUUCUAAGAUGUCAAAAAAUAAAAAGAAAAGGUUGAAGAAAAAAGCCAAGCGGCAAAAUGAGUUGUUGAAAAAACAAAUGGAGCAGAUUGAAGAACUAGAAGAGAGAUCUAAAAAUAUUAAUAACACGCAGAACGGCAGCAAUGCCAGUGGCAAUGGUGAUAAUACCAGUGGGGGUGGGAUGAGUGAGACAAAUAGUCCAACAACGGACCCGGAUCAGAACACCGAGAGUAUUGAUGACAACACCGAAAGCAAAGAAUCACCGGAUAUAUCUGAUCCAGUAAUUACUUCACCUCAUCGUGGUGUCAAUGGUAUUGUCACUGAUUCAGCAACUGGCGCAAGCUCAGACAAUAUGGAGAACACAUUGUCAUCAUCAUCAUCAUCAGAAAACAACAAAUCAUUAGGAUUAAUAAAUCAAGAGUCGACUGCUGGCGGCGCUCAAAUUCCUGGUGGUGAUAAAGCCUGUGGUGACGGUCUCACUUCAGCUGCUGGUGACAUCGAUACUGGUACUGCUCCACUAGAUCCAGCGCUCGUUGACUGCGAUGUUGAAGUUAAAAUAGCUGAUCUAGGUAACGCGUGUUGGGUUCACAAAAAAUUUACCGAAGACAUUCAGACAAGGCAGUACAGGUCAUUGGAAGUAUUGCUGGGUGCUGGGUACAGCACAUCAGCAGACAUUUGGUCGACAGCUUGCAUGGCUUUUGAAUUAGCAACUGGUGACUAUUUAUUUGAACCUCACAGUGGCGCUGAUUAUUCUAGAGAUGAAGACCAUCUAGCUCAUAUUAUUGAGUUACUCGGUGAAAUUCCUCGUCGUAUUGCACUGUCUGGAAAAUACUCAAAGGCAUUUUUCAAUAAAAAAGGAGAAUUGAAACACAUAACUGGUCUGAAACCAUGGGGACUGUACGAGGUGUUGACUGAAAAAUACGACUGGACAUCCAGCGAAGCUCGUGAAUUUGCAGACUUUCUUACUCCCAUGCUUGAAUUUGAUCCAAAUGUACGCGCAACUGCCGCCGAAUGCCUCAAACACCCGUGGCUCCAGAUCAAAUGAAAUGAAAAUAAUAAUUAACAGAAAAAAAAGAAAUAAAAUAAUAAUAAUAAAAUAAUAAAAAAAAAAAAAAAAAAGUUUUUUCAUGACAAAGUUCUGAAGCUGGUGAGUCAGCGAUUAAGUUUUUGAAAGCUUUCACAAAUUUUUUAGUCGUUAAUUAUCUCAUGUAGGAAAAUCAGUAAUUACGGAUUUUUUAAUUAUUGCAUUACAUAUUUAAUAUAAAUGUCUUGUUCCUCCUCGAAAAAAAAAAACACCAAUGCGUUGCAGUUAUGUACUGUAGCUAAAAUGAUUCUCAAUAAUAAUAAUAAUAAUAAUAAUAAUAAUAAAUUAAU